AAUUUUGCCCUUUCUUUUUUUGUUUCUUGAAAAGGGUUUUGUUAUUUUUGUACCCUUUUGAGUUUUGUGUGCUUUGUUCACCGUAGCAAGAGAGAGAUGGAGAGUGGGAAGAGAGCAGAAGCUGGGCCAUCAACAGGUGUGAGUGAGGAGAAGCAAGAGAGAGAACUAAGGGAGAUGAGUGAGAAACCAUUGUCUGUUGAAGUUUGUGAUGAUCGUGAAGAAGAUGAAGAAGAUGAUGAUAAGGAAGAUGGUGCUGGAGCUUUGGCUGGUUUUGUUCCUGGUCCUCUUCUUUCUCUCAAGGAACAGAUUGAGAAAGACAAGGAUGAUGAGAGCUUAAGGCGAUGGAAGGAAAAGCUUCUUGGUUGUGUUGAAGGAGACCUAAAUGGCCAAAUGGAACCUGAAGUCAAAUUCCACUCCAUAGGAAUUAUCUCUAAUGACCUUGGGGAAGUCAAUUAUCCCUUGCCCAUUGAUAGGAAUCGGAAUGGUCUUGUCCUGUUUACUCUCAAGGAGGGAUCUCGAUAUCAGCUUAAGUUGACAUUCAGUGUUCUGCAUAAUAUUGUUUCUGGCUUAACCUACUCCAACACAGUGUGGAAGGCGAGACUUCAAGUUGAUCAAAAUAAAGGAAUGCUGGGUACUUUUGCUCCUCAGCGAGAACCAUACGUGCACCUUUUGGAUGAAGAGACUACACCAUCUGGAGUGCUGGCAAGGGGAAUUUACUCUGCAAAUCUUAAGUUUGAAGAUGAUGACAGAAGGUGUCACAUGGAACUUAAAUACUCCUUCGAGAUAAAAAAGAACAGCUAGCCAAGUUUUCAAGGAGUUUUGUUUCAUGCGUUCUCCCCAUUCUUUUUCUGUCUUGUGAACUUCAUACGUGUUUGUGGAAGUUAUCAUUUGGACCAUCUUUGCAGGUAGAGUCAAAAAAACUUUUAUUGUUUUUGUGUUCCUCGCAUGCCUCUUUGCAGUUCAACUAAAAUACUCGGCACUCCUAGCAAUCACCUUUGUAUGCCUCUUCUUACCAUGACUUGGUAAGAUCAAUGAAACUGAAAAUCGCAAUGCCAGCGGUCA